GAACUUACCACCAGGAUCACUGAACUGCUGAGCGGAGAGGUUCCUAUAAGGUGUCAGGAUGUCGCUGUCUAUUUCUCCAUGGAGGAGUGGGAGUAUUUAGAAGAACACAAGGAUCUGUACAAGGACAUCAUGAUGGAGAAUCCCCAGUCCCUCACAUCACCGGAUGGAUCCAGUCAGAGAAAUCCACCAGAGAGAUGUCCCAGUCCUCCGUAUUCCCAGGACUGUCCAGAGGAGAAACCAAAUAUCCCACUGGAUCAUCAGGAAAUUUCUGGUGAAAUGACAAGUGGACUCAAAGACCCCGUGUCAGUGUCUGUGAAAGGUGAGCAUGAGACGAGAGACUCCCAUGAACAUCUCCUUUUAUAUGAAGAAGUAGGAGAUAACAAUGUCACACAAGCUAAUUCAAUAAAUGCUAAUGUACCCUUAGACCUUCACAGUGGAGAUCUAUCCACCAGUACCGUUGGUCACAAGUAUCUUUUGUCCAAUCAAUCACUGAGUCAAUCACAGAAUCAGUCUAAACAAUCUGUGCAUGAAAUAAUUGAUAAAGAUAAAAGACCACUUUCAGGUUCAGAAUGUGAAAAGUAUUUUAGUCAGAAAUCAAAACUUAUGGAGCGUCAAAGAAUUCACACAGGGGAGAAGCCGUUUUCAUGUUCGGAAUGUGGGAAAUGUUUUGCAAAGAAAUCAGAUGUUGUGGAACAUCUAAGAACUCACACAGGGGAGAAGCCGUUUUCAUGUUCGGAAUGUGGUAAAUGCUUUAGUCGAAAAUCGGUUCUUAAAAAACACCAGAGAAUUCACACGGGAGAGAAACCAUUUUCAUGUCCUGAAUGUGGGAAAUGUUUUUGCCGGAAAUCAGGCCUUUUGGAACAUCAAAAAACUCAUACAGGGGAGAAGCCAUUUUCAUGUUCAGAAUGUGGCAAACGUUUCGGCUAUAAACCGGAUUUUGUUGAACAUCAAAGAACUCACACAGGGGAGAAACCGUUUUCAUGUCCUGAAUGUAAGAAAUGUUUUAGUCAGAAAAGAAAUCUUGUGAAACAUCAACGAAUCCACACAGGGGAGAAGCCAUUUUCAUGUUUAGAAUGUGGGAAAUGUUUUAGACUCAAGUCGAUUCUUCUUUACCAUCAGAGAACUCACACAGCGGAGUAGCCAUUUCAUGUCCUGAAUGUGGAAAAUGUUUUGGCCAGAAAUCAGGCCUUUUGGAACAUCAAAGAACUCACAUAGGAGAGAAGCCAUUUUCAUGUUCAGAAUGUGGGAAAUGUUUUGGUCAGAAAAUGGUUCUUGUUGAACAUCAGAGAACUCACAUAGGAAAGAAUCUAUUUCCGUGUGCUACUGUAGGAGAUAUUUUAGACAGAAAUCAAAUGUUAGAAAACAUCUAAAAGUUUACACAGGAGAGAGGCCAUUUUAAUGUUCUGAAUUUGCUAAAUUUUUUACACACAGAACAGGUUUUGCUAAAUCUUGAAGAUCUCGCACAGGUGCAACGUAAGUACUGUUGCAGGUGUGUGUCUUUAUUUUAAGACCUGCUGCCUAAGGAUGCCUUCUGUUGUACAAAUAUACUCCUUGUGGUAUAGCAGAACUGUAUAGGCAGAUGUCCCCAGAAAACCAGAGGCACGCUAUUACAACACUGAUCGUUUAGACCAGUGUUUCCCAACCAGUGUGCCUCCAGCUGUUACAAAACUACAACUCCCAGCAUGCCCGGACAGCCUUUGGCUGUGCGGGCAUGCUGGGAGUUGUAGUUUUGCAACAGCUGGAGGCACACUGUUUGGGAAACACUGGUUUAGACACCGCCCCUAUGUCCGCCGGAUCAGUACUGUGGCUGUAACACAUACAAUGCUUUCAGGAAGUCUUCAGAUCCUUUAUUUUAAAUUUUUUAUUUCAUUAUGCUGUGGCCUUGUGCUAAAAUUAAAAAGAAAUCAAGUAGUUCCCCGUCAUUCUGCACUCCAUACCCCAUAAUUAAAAAAGUUAAAACAGAAUGUUAGAAUUCUUAGCUAACUUAAUGAAAGGGAAAAGCUAAAAUUUUGCAUUGAUAUAAGUAUUCAGACCCUUUACUCAGGACGUAGUUGAAGCCCCUUUGGCAGCAAUUACAGCCUACAGUCUUCUUGGGGAUGAUGCCAAAAGGUUUGCACACCAGGAUUUGGGGAUUUUUUGCCGUUCAUCUCUGCAGAUUCUCUCUAGCUCUGUGAGAUUGGAUGGGGAUAUCGGUGGACAGCCAUUUUCAGGUCUCUCCAGAAAUGUUCCAUUAGGUUCAGGGUUCUGGCUGGGCCACUUAAAGACAUUUAGAAAGUUGUCCCUAAGCCGCUCCUGUGUUGUCUUGGAUGUGUGCUUAGAGUAAUUGUCUUGUUGGAAGGUGACCCAUCAAUCCCAGGCUAAGAUCCAGGUCCACGUUUUUAUUAAGAAUAUCUCUGGACUUUGCUCCAUUCAGUUUUACCUCAACCUUGACCAGUCUACCUGUCCCAGCUGCUGAAAUACACCCUCCCAGUAUGAUGCUGCCAUCACCAUUCUUUAUUGUAGGGAUGGUAUUGGGCAGAUGAUCAGCAGUGCCUGGUUUCC